AUGGUCGCCCAAGGAUUCAUCACUCCCGCACCCCCAGCCAACCCCACAACUCAGGGCAGGCAAGAGGUCCCCAUCGCACCAGUCUCAAACUGGGCAGUUGGAAACGUCUCCAGCGUCCUCGUCUUCCCGUCCACGCUCGACCCCGCACGUCUCGAAGCUGCCUUUGCUCGUGCCGCGUCCUUCUGGCCCUCUGUAGUCGGUCGCUACGUCAAGGCCACCGUCCCCGGUGGCCCCGAGUUUGCUAUCUCCCUCACAAACUCGCCCAUUCCCUUCUCGACCCAGGUCGUCGACGACGAGUACCCCUACCCGGACCGUCAUGUCAUCCAGCCCGAUCUGGGCAGCUUUAUCCCUCCCUUGGCAGGCGACUACUUUGUCGCCGGAGCCGACGCACCUCUCGUGACCGUCCGUCUCAGCACUCUCAAGAACGGCAACUCGGUCCUCGGUGUCAACUGGGCCCACAUCCUUGGUGAUGCCGCCGCCUUUUCACGUUUCCUCGAGGACGUGUCCUUGCUGUACAACCUGCCCGCGGCCGACCUCGACGACGACAUGCCCACUCUUGAGCCCCAUGUCCGUCUCCCGCCUUACUCAGAGCAGAUUGGCAAGGACUUCAAGUUUGACCUCCUGAACCCUCUCCCGCUUGAGGAGGUGGGCAAGGGCUACGGAGAUGCCGUCACUAGCUCCCAGAUGUUCACUGUGACCUUGACUCCCGAGGAGGUCAAGCACAUCACCUCGCUCAAGACCCCCGGCGAGCACCUCUCGGACAAUGACCUGAUCGCCGGCUGGUGGGUCAGUGUGCUUGAGCGUGCCGGACAGCGUGUGGAGUAUGUUGUUCAGACUAUUAACUACCGCUCUUUCCACAAGGACCACCCGGCCUUCCCUCGCAACCUCUCGACUCUGGGCGCCAACGUUGCUCAGAUGCGCCAGAUCCCCCUCCCCGCCAGCUCGGCUUUGGGUACCAACACCCCCAACUCGAACCGCCGCGCUCUGACCGUCGCUCGUACCGUCCGCGCAGGCAUGAACCAGCUCCGCAACGACCCCGAGCUCAUGCUGCAGUGGCUCUCGAACGCCGCGCACCAGAUCGGUACGGCUGCCCACGAGGGUAAAAGCUUUUGCCUCGUGCCGCCUCCCGGCGGUGUUGUGGUCAACUCGAACCUGAGGUACGACUGGGCCAUCAAGUUUGGCCAAGCCUCGGCCAACUACCACACGGACGUCUCCCUCGCUCGUUUCCUGCGCGUCUUCCAGGCCAACCCCGACGCCAACUCGGACCCUUACAACCCUUCUCCCCGCGGCGUCGAGCUCGUCUUCCGCGUCGAACAGGGUCCGGCCGUCGAGGCCGUCACCAGGGUCAUCGCUGGUGACAGGCGGGCGUGGGCGGAGGGCGGUCCUGUCGGCGGUGAGGACGAAGAGGAGGAGCCCAAGGAGCCCGAGGUGCGCGCCUUUGGCUUUGGACAGAACGUUCACCGUCCCUCAUAUGGCGGCUACGGUAACUAG